AUUUACUGCAAGUUGAUCGCAGGCUCAGGGGCAGUUCUGCUUUUCCUCUCACGACAAGUUUGCACUCAGUAAAUCUUGGGGCUUCAGUCUUAUUCUUCAUCAAUAGCCCUGCUCUAGCAAGGGGAGCGGAUGUUAGGCAAUCGGAGCUGCCCCAAGAUGUUUUAUUUCCAGAAAAUGUGUGAUCCUUCUGGCAAUGGAAAGAGAACGUUGUGAAAACCCUGUGACCUCAUCCUUACUGACUUUCCCACUGAAGCCUCGUUCCCUUCUCUCUUUCUUUCACGGGAGCCCUCCUCGGGCGGCGAGGGGAGUGGGGCUAUUUAAGCUCUUGGGUGUAGAACGGGACUCGGCGGCCCGACGGAGAGGCAAUCAAUUGCCUUUUUCCCUUUCUCUGGUGAAGAUGCAACCACCGCUUCCUCCUUCCCGGCUCAGGACCCGCGCCAAUAGAAAGAGCGCUCCGUGUUAGCGUCCCGGGCCCUGGAUUCAGAUCCCACUAUUGUGAUCUCAGUUACGCCCCCUUUUCUGCAUAAAAGUGACGGCGUCGCCUCCGGCUCUGAAUCUAAGCUCCCCGGGGCAGGGGGGGGCGGGCUCAGGACGGUUCCGGCCGCCCCCGGGGGACGGUGCGGGCCGCCAGGGAUCCAGAGUGGGCACCCUGCCGCCGGCGCAUGCCCCGGAGGCUCCCUUCCCGGGAAAGGAUCCGGCUCGGGAGCCCCGCGCGCGCAGCCCCCAGCUCUCCCCUCCGGGGCCCGCUUCUCACGGGUCCUGAUGAAGAAGCAGUCGUAGAUCUUGGAAAAACCAGUUCAACCAUUAAUACCAAAUUUGAAAAAGAAGAACUAGAAAGUCAUCGAGCUGUGUAUAUUGGUGUACAUGUUCCAUUUAGUAAAGAAAGUCGCCGACGUCAUAGACAUCGUGGGCAUAAGCAUCAUCAUCGAAGAAGAAAAGACAAAGAAUCAGAUAAGGAAGAUGGCCGUGAAUCUCCUUCUUAUGACACACCAUCCCAGCGUGUCCAGUUUAUCCUUGGUACUGAAGAUGAUGAUGAAGAACACAUUCCCCAUGAUCUCUUCACUGAAAUGGAUGAACUUUGUUAUAGGGAUGGUGAAGAAUAUGAGUGGAAAGAAACUGCUAGGUGGCUAAAAUUUGAAGAGGAUGUUGAAGAUGGUGGGGAUCGAUGGAGCAAGCCUUAUGUGGCGACCUUGUCUUUGCACAGUCUGUUUGAGCUGAGGAGCUGUAUCCUGAAUGGAACGGUCAUGUUGGACAUGAGGGCAAGCACUCUGGAUGAAAUAGCAGAUAUGGUGCUGGACAACAUGAUUGCCUCUGGCCAGUUGGAUGAUUCGAUAAGAGAGAAUGUCAGGGAGGCUCUUUUGAAGAGACAUCACCAUCAAAAUGAGAAAAGGUUCACGAGCCGGAUUCCCCUUGUGCGAUCUUUUGCAGAUAUAGGCAAGAAACAUUCUGAUCCUCACUUGCUUGAACGGAAUGGCAUUUUGGCAUCUCCACAGUCAGCACCUGGAAACUUGGACAGUAGCAAAAGUGGAGAAGCUAAAGGUAAUGGAACUGGAGGAAGCAGAGAAAAUAGUACUGUUGACUUCAGCAAGGUAAUUCUGUUAUUGAAGGUUGACAUGAAUUUCAUGAGGAAAAUUCCCACGGGAGCUGAAGCAUCCAAUGUUUUGGUGGGAGAAGUAGAUUUUUUGGAAAGGCCCAUCAUUGCAUUUGUGAGACUGUCCCCCGCUGUCCUCCUCUCCGGCCUGACUGAAGUUCCAGUACCCACCAGGUUUUUGUUUCUUUUACUGGGCCCCGCAGGCAAGGCACCACAGUACCAUGAAAUUGGGAGAUCAAUAGCUACCCUCAUGACAGAUGAGAUUUUCCAUGAUGUUGCAUAUAAAGCAAAAGAUAGAAAUGAUCUCCUUUCGGGCAUCGAUGAAUUUUUAGAUCAAGUAACUGUUCUGCCUCCAGGAGAGUGGGACCCUUCUAUACGCAUUGAGCCACCAAAGAGUGUGCCUUCUCAGGAAAAGAGGAAGAUCCCUAUGUUUCCAAAUGGAUCUACACCUACAUCAGGUGAGAUGCAGAAAGAGGAGGGCCACCACGCUGGACCAGAACUGCAGAGGACUGGCAGGCUUUUUGGUGGUUUGAUACUUGACAUCAAAAGGAAAGCACCUUUUUUCUUGAGUGACUUCAAGGAUGCAUUAAGCCUGCAGUGCCUGGCCUCGAUUCUUUUCCUAUACUGUGCCUGUAUGUCUCCUGUAAUCACUUUUGGAGGGCUCCUUGGAGAAGCUACAGAAGGCAGAAUAAGUGCAAUAGAGUCUCUUUUUGGAGCAUCGUUAACUGGGAUCGCCUAUUCAUUGUUUUCUGGGCAGCCACUUACAAUCUUAGGAAGUACAGGACCAGUUCUUGUAUUUGAAAAAAUAUUAUUUAAAUUCUGCAAAGACUACAGUCUUUCUUAUCUGUCAUUACGGACCAGCAUCGGUCUCUGGACUUCCUUCUUGUGCAUUGUCUUGGUAGCAACAGAUGCAAGCAGUCUUGUGUGUUACAUCACUCGCUUUACCGAGGAAGCCUUCGCAGCCCUCAUUUGCAUCAUUUUCAUCUAUGAAGCAUUGGAAAAGCUCUUUCAUUUAGGAGAAGUCUAUGCUUUUAACAUGCACAAUGACUUAGACAAACUGACAUCCUAUUGGUGUUUGUGUACUGAGCCAUUGAAUCCUAGCAAUGAAACCCUCAAGAGAUGGAUUGAGAUGAAUAAGUCGGCACAGACAAUUUCAUGGGGCAACCUUACUGUUUCUGAAUGUAAAACAUUACAUGGUGUCUUCCUGGGCCCAGCCUGUGGUCAUCAUGGGCCCUAUAUUCCUGAUGUACUCUUCUGGUGUGUCAUCUUAUUCUUCACAACGUUCUUUCUCUCAUCAUUCCUGAAGCAGUUUAAGACCAAGCGUUAUUUUCCUACCAGGGUCCGAUCAACAAUCAGUGACUUUGCUGUGUUUCUUACCAUAGUAACUAUGGUUGCCAUUGACUACCUUGUAGGUGUUCCUUCUCCUAAACUGCAUGUUCCUGAAAAAUUUGAGCCUACUCAUAAAGAGAGAGGUUGGAUCAUAAACCCACUAGGUGAUAAUCCAUGGUGGACAUUAUUAAUAGCUGCUAUUCCAGCGCUGCUUUGUACUAUUCUCAUUUUCAUGGAUCAACAAAUCACAGCAGUCAUCAUAAAUCGAAAGGAACAUAAGUUGAAGAAAGGAGCUGGGUAUCAUCUGGAUUUGCUCAUGGUUGGUGUGAUGUUGGGCAUUUGCUCAAUUAUGGGUCUGCCAUGGUUUGUGGCUGCAACGGUUCUUUCUAUAAGUCACGUAAACAGCUUAAAAGUUGAAUCUGAAUGUUCUGCUCCAGGAGAACAACCUAAAUUUUUGGGAAUCCGAGAACAGCGAGUUACAGGCUUACUAAUUUUUGUCCUGAUGGGGCUGUCUGUGUUCAUGACUUCUGUAUUAAAGUUUAUUCCAAUGCCAGUUCUGUAUGGUGUCUUUCUUUAUAUGGGAGUUUCUUCAUUAAAAGGCAUCCAGUUUUUUGACCGCAUCAAAUUAUUUGGAAUGCCUGCUAAACAUCAACCAGAUCUAAUAUAUCUCCGUUAUGUACCGCUCUGGAAGGUCCACAUCUUUACAGUCAUUCAGCUCACCUGUUUGGUUCUCUUAUGGGUGAUAAAAGCUUCAGCUGCUGCAGUUGUUUUCCCCAUGAUGGUUCUUGCAUUGGUAUUUAUCCGCAAACUAAUGGACUUGUGUUUUACUAAGAGAGAGCUGAGCUGGCUUGAUGAUCUCAUGCCAGAAAGUAAAAAAAAGAAAGAAGAUGACAAACAGAAGAAAGAAAAGGAGGAGGCUGAACGGCUGCUUCAUGCUGAUGAUAGUGACACUGUGCACCUUCCCUUUGAAGGGGGGAGUCUCCUGCAGAUUCCAGUCAAGGCCCUCAAGUACAGUGUUGAUCCUUCAGUUGUUAACAUAUCAGAUGAAAUGGCCAAAACCGCCCAGUGGAGAGCCCUUGCCAUGAGCACCGAGAGCGCCAAAGCAUCCAGGCCGAGUAUGAGCCCAGAAAAACCAGUGAGUGUGAAAAUAAAUCUUGAAGAUGAACCUACAAGGAAAUAUGUGGAUGCUGAAACAUCAUUAUAGAACUAAACCAAGAAGAAUUAUGUGUGUGUUGUGUGUUUGUAUAGACGAUUUUUGGCUGCCAUACCACCAAAGUGUGACUCCCGUGCUUUUUGAAAGUGUCUGACUUAUAUGCUAGGAGCACAGUAGUGACUGUAAAUAUAAUAAGGUGGGUCUCCUGUGAGUAAGGUACAUAGUUAUUAAUUAUCCUUUGAAUAUUUAUUCUGUUAGAAAAAUUACUUUUCAGUUUUGAAAUAGGAAGAUGUGGGAAAAGCAUAAGUGUAUUUUUUUUUCUGAAAAAUCUGUAUGUGUACCAAAAGUUAAUCAACCCUAGUUUAUAUUUGUCCCUAUAUUUAUUAUUGAGAGAUCUCUGUGAAUUUUAAUCUGAAUUAUUUAAAAAUUUCACCUUUUCCCCAAUUAUUGUUUUGAGUUUCAUGGAAAAACGUGAAUCUUUUUUGUUGGUUUUUAUGAAACAGAAGGUAGCAUGCCUAGUAGAUGACAAGUAGCUUCUUGGUUUUCCUCUGGUUUUAUGGACUUCUUUAUGCAGGUGGCCAUAUUGAUAUUCUCCAGAGAUGGAUUUUUAGCCAUAGAGGUAAAUGUGAAAUAUUUAUUGGAGGAUUUGUAUUUAUGACCUUCGCUUUUUUUAAAGCUAAAAAGAACAGUAACAACAUCAACAACAACACAAUCCACCCUCUUUUUCCAGGAUAAUACUCAUGUCAAAAUGUAGGUGUUUUUAAAAUAUACUUUUACCCCCAUACCAGUGUUAACUACUCUGUCUACUCAUAAUUAUCAUUUUAGACACUCUAAAACAAUUGUUUUCAGUAGUUUGAAACAUAUUAGGCUUUGUUACAGUCUUUAUUUUUUUCAUGAAUCCUUGAUUACAGUUGAACAUUAUUUACCUGUUAGCUGUUCUCUCAUAUAUCAAAUUCAGGAAAACAUGUAUAAAGGACAUGUUCUCUCAUCCCAUAAAGCAUUUUUGCUCUCAUUUUCUUAGAAUGUUUUAGUUUAGUUAUCAGGUUCAAUUCUUGAUUAUUUUUCAUUUAAAAGAAGUGUGAUUAAAUAAUCAGGAGUCAGAAUUCUGGAAUGGGUUUAUGAUCAGUAUUACUUUAUGGGUUCUUAAGAAUUACCUUGAAUUUUCUGUUUACAUUUCCAUUCUUCCCACUGUAUAGAACAUAUUUAAUAUAAUGCUAACCUUGGUUUUGUUUCUAACAUUUUAUUUAUUUUAAUUGGUGUAAAGAUUAAAUUCUGUACAAAAAUUUAAGGUAAUGCAUAUACUUGUAGAGUACAUGUGUUCAUGUAAAUAGUUGGGGCUCUCUUACAUUUAUGAUUAAUUCCCUGAAAGAAUACAGUUGACAAAUUUCACAAAUUUGAUAUUAAACACUGCCAUGUUAGUGUUUUUCAAGGAAAUUAAACAUUUUAUGUAAAGCUCAGACUAUUGGUGACAUACCUACUUAAACGAUUUGGAUUACUCUUCCCCCCUCCCCCCCCUUUUGUCUUUUUCUUUUAAGUUCCUUUUUACCCAAGCUAGUAAGUCUUUUUGGUCAUCUUUUAUAUAAUCUUUGUUUGGAGUUAACUCCUAACAUGAAAUGAAUAAAUAUUGUUGUUACUAAACCUGUAGGACUGGAUGAAUGGGGUUGCUCAACUGAUUUGUCAGCAAGAGGAUAACUCUUAAAAGCUAAACAUGUAUUGAGUUAGUAUGGAAAUCUGUAAAAUGGUGUCAGUGACAGAAAAAUUAAAUUUGAUUGGAUAGUCUGAGAUUUCUUUGUAGAGAAGGUGGAGUAGUAUGAAGGAUAGAACUUAGAGCUCAUCAGAAAUAAUGAGGCAGGAAUUAGAACCCAUCAUGAGUUUUUGGAACCAAGAGUAAAAGUAUGUUUCAGAGUGUCCAAAGUUUUAUUGGUCGACUUCAAUUUAAUGCAUGAACAAAAAACGCUUCUCUUUUGUCAUUUAGACAUUUUCUUCUCUGUGCUAUCUGUGUGGAUAAUUUCCACCCCAAAUGAAAGCUUAGAAAUAUAGCUGCUUUUCUUUAGAAAGCCAGAUUGUCAGCAUUAGCUUAUAUCUUUUGUGGUCCUCCUGAAUAUUACUCUACCAGCAACUGAUUUACACAACGUUAUCCAUGGUGCUCGUAACUCACUGUGCUUCCAUUUAAAAAUUCCUCUUUAUUUUCAACAGUAUUUUUCAACAUUUACAAGAGACCCAUUUAUUUGCUAUUCAUCUGAAACUUUUUAAGUAUCUUCUGUUGAGUGCUAAGAUUUCCCCAUAACCUUCUGAACUUGGAUAUGGGACACCAAAGGGUUCAUGAUCCAGACCAUUUUAUAGGAUGUGGUAAUUAUUAAAUUUAAAGGGAAAAGUACCCUGGGAUCAAAGUGUUUUAGUGAUUUUGUUUAAUUAUGUAAAUUACCUUGUGCCAGAAAAACCAUGAAUUUCAAAACUUUACAUUCAAAAUCAUUUUUCUAUGUUCUUCAUAGUUGAUAUUUUCUGCUUCGUCUAAACUACUUUGACAAAUAAUAUGAUCUGAUAUGAGUAUUCCAUAAGAUACCAGUGGUAACUCAUGUUUAAGUAAUUUACUGCUUGCUUCAUUUAAAUGUUUCACUGUUUUAAAAAGAAAAAUCAUGGAUGGAGUAUGCAUUAUAAGACAGUGAAGGAUAUGACCUGUUUUGUGUAGAUAAAAAUGUUGCCUUAAUGGUGUAAAUGAGCAGUAAUAAUUACUAUGCACUGAUUUACCUCAGGGUGCAAAACAAUUAAGCCAAUCUAUAGUCCAUUUUGAAAAUAAACAAAAAGAAAUAAUCCAGCACUUUCUUGAUAUCAUUGGUUGCCAGGGAUGGAGCUUUGUGCUACUGAAUAUAACCUGGCUACUCGAGCCACCUCAGGACAUUCAUUCCUUUGGCUUCCCUCGAUUGUUUAUUUAUAGAUAUGGAGAAUUAUGAUGAGACCGGAUUUUGAACAACUGAGGUUUAACUAUCUUCGAAACAGACUUUGAUUCUUAAAUUAACCAUACAAACUUCUCAUAAAUAAAAGAAUAAUUUUCUAUUUUAGUUUUAGUAGAUAUGCUAAAGUCAACUGGACAUUCCCCCUUCCCUACCCCUCCACCCAUCCCCACUUUUUGGGGACUUUGAGAUAGUUCUGAUCUUUUAAACUUUUUUUUUUUUUGGAAGGGGGGGGUGGUGUGGUAUAUUUUUAAGGAAGAAAAAGGCAGUGUGGCAUACAGUGUUCAUAUUUGCCAAGUCUUUGCAAAAUUUGUAGGGUUUAAUUUAAAUACACUAAUUUUAAAAAUUAGAGUUCUCUACCAGUCAAAAAUAUCUGCCAAUUUAAUUAGCAAAAUAUUUCUUCAGACUCCAAAAUGCAUUUAUAUGUAUAUAUAAGUAACUAUUGCCCUUUCAUAAGGCAGGUUAAAUCAAUGUUCUGUUAAAAAUCAUCUGAAAUUGAGGGUGUAAUAUGAGAGCUUGCUACUUUAAAGGGGUUUUUAUUGUGUACAUACGUUCUGUAAAUGUGCUAAGCAAUUUAAAUGGUGAUAGUUUUUAAAUGCACAGAUUUCAUAUGUUCAGGCCAUUGAUACCAGGAUGAUUUCUAAUUUUCUUUUUUAUGUUAAUUUAACAUUUUAAAUUAGUCAUGUAGAUCACAUCUUAUGAAGUACAAAUGUGAAAGAUAUCUUUUGUUUUAUACCAACAAUAAUUUAUUUUCUAGAAAGUAAAUUUAAGACUUCAAAGACAUUUGGAGUCUGGAAUAGUGUUCUAAAUGCAAAAAUUGUCUAGUGAUAUUUUAAUAUAAAGUGAUUUUUAUUUGAUAACCUUUAAAAUGUGUCAAUUAUAGGAAAACCAUUAGUUUGAAUAGAAUAAAGAUUCUUUUAUUAAAUUAGCACAUGUUGACAUUCUAAACUGAUUUGGAGUAAUGUGUUAAACAUUUAGUCCUUUCCUUUUUUAAAAAAAUCAAACUUAUUAAAAUAGUGAUUCACUUGGUAUUUGUAACUUUUUCUUUUGUUGAUACUUUGUAUAUGAUUUGUGUAUGGGGGGGAUGUCUUCUAAUGUUCAGCACAUUUAAGUGAACAGAAAUUUGUGUAAUUACACAGUACAAUUCCAAUUUUUUAUGAUUAUUUUAUAAUUACAAUAGCUUUUUUUUUUCUUUUGUAAAAAAUCCAGUGCAAGGUAAAUCAUACUCCAAAUGUAGAACUGAUAUUUUUUUUUGUAUGAAGUACAGGUCUCUCCAACAUGUCUAUAAUGUGAAAGAUCCUGCCUUUCAAAUUUGUUUUAUAAUUAUUAGAAGAAAACUAUUUUUUGAAAUGUUACUGAAUUUGACAAAAGCAAUAAAAGUCUACCGAACUUUUUUGUCGAA